UAUAUUAUAGACCAAACCCAUAUUCUCAAAAUGAAGGUAUUAUUUACACAUUUCCUUCUUUGAGGAUAUUUAAACUUCAAGUUUUAGUUAUUAUGUAUGUUAACAACUGAUGUUGCAGAAAAAGAUUGUGAUAAACAUACAAACCAACUGCGAGAAAUGUAGAACGGAAGCAAUGAAGGCGGCUGCCAAAGCAUUGGGUGUGAAUUCGGUAGAGGUGCAAGGGGAAGACAAGAAGCGGAUGGUGGUGAUCGGAGAAGGGGUGGAUGCAGCUGCAUUGACAAAGUUAGUCAGAAAGAAGAUCAAGAAUGCAUCACUGGAAAUGGUUCAGCAGUUGUAGGCAUCACUGGAAACUAUGUUAAACAACUGUAAUUUUAUUUUUAUACACGUUAACUAAAAGCAUUAAUUAUUAUUAUUAACAUUAAUUAUUAA